AUGCAUAAGCACCAGCUGCCCACUAUUCCCCCGUCUCUGAUUACAGCCCAGAACAGAGUCAGGCGAGUCCUCUGUGUACGACUGUGCGGGACUGGAGCACCUGGAGGAAACCUACGCAGACACGUAGGCCCCAUCUGGUGGUCAGGGGCUGUGGUCAGGGGCUGUGGUCAGGAGGCAGUGGUCGGUGGUCAAGAGGCAGUGGUCGGUGGUCAGGAGUCAGUGGUCAGGAGUCAGUGGUCAGGAGGCAGUGGUCAGGAGGCAGUGGUCAGGAGGCAGUGGUCGGUGGUCAAGAGGCAGUGGUCAGGAGGCAGUGGUCAGUGGUCAGGAGGCAGUGGUCAGUGGUCAGGAGGCAGUGGUCAGUGGUCAGGAGGCAGUGGUCAGUGGUCAGGAGGCAGUGGUCAGGAGGCAGUGGUCAGGAGGCAGUGGUCAGUGGUCAGGAGGCAGUGGUCAGGAGGCAGUGGUCAGGAGGCAGUGGUCGGUGGUCAAGAGGCAGUGGUCAGGAGGCAGUGGUCAGUGGUCAGGAGGCAGUGGUCAGUGGUCAGGAGGCAGUGGUCAGUGGUCAGGAGGCAGUGGUCAGGAGGCAGUGGUCAGGAGUCAGUGGUCAGUGGUCAGGAGGCAGUGGUCAGUGGUCAGGAGGCAGUGGUCAGGAGGCAGUGGUCAGGAGUCAGUGGUCAGUGGUCAGGAGGCAGUGGUCAGGAGGCAGUGGUCAGGAGGCAGUGGUCAGGAGGGUGUCAGGGGUUGGGGGGUGAGGAUCCGGUCGAUGCUCCUCUCUGGGACGUCUUUAUGAAGGAAAGUGUAAUUAGUCCCACUGAGAGCAGGGAUAAAGUUCAGCUGAGCUCAUAA